GAGGAAUAAGGAGAAAUGUCGUUCUGCAGGAUAACGGGGAGGAGCCGGGGCCUCCCCAAGCCCAAUUACUUUCCAUUACUGCCUCCAAUAAGUCCAGCUGAUGCCAAACGAUUUUGUCGAAUAACUGGUAAGUCGUACGGUUUGCCGACACACCAUUACAUUCCCGUGCUACUGGGUGUGCACAAUAGUGACAAAUCCAAAUGUCGGAUAACAAAUAAUUCUGCACUGGGUUCGCACCAUUACACCGCCGGGCUUAUUCUCGGUGAAAAAAAGAAGCACGUCGUCAUCAAGGACUACCGCUAUGUAUUUCCGGUGUUGGAAGGAGAUGACGAACAACAGAGAGCCCUGAGGGAUCUUCUUGAGAGGAAAAAAUUCUCCUCGGAGAUGGGUGAGAAAGUGGAGGAGGAGAAGAUGAAGUUUGUAUACACGGUACAAGAGAGGAGGUGUAGCCUAGUCUUUCCAGCUAGUUUAGAGGCUGCUGUCAGGGACGGUGAUGUAAGCGAUGUGAUGUUGUCAAGGGACUGUGAUACCGUUCUACUGAGACUUAAGCAGGGCCGCAAUGUCUCGGUUGAUUUCAAGGAACUCGAUGAUUUUGAUGAUUUGUAUGAGGGCCUAGGGACCCACGAGCAAGUAAUCAAGGAACGAGAGAGGCUCGAGACUGAGGCUAAAAAGAGGAGGAAACGAGCUGCACCUAAACUCAAUUAUGCCAAGAAGAUAUUCGAGGAUAAGGAGAUGGCUGAUGAUGAGGUCUUUCUUAUCGAACAAUUAAACAAGGCAAAGCAGCUCGAGCUGAGGAGGAGCAAGGAGCAUGCUAACGAGGAGGCAACUCACUGGAAAAAUGUCAAACUCGAUGAUAUAAUCGGGAAAUCGGGAGAGAGACAGUUAACAAUUGUCAAUGAGAACCACGAGAGUUUCAUUGAUCCGAUAAUAAAGACGUGUAAUUGGACUGAUAUUCAGAGUAAUAUUGGCACAAUUGAUGCAACUCCCAUUGUCACCGAGCUACCCAGUGCGAUUAGCAUUCCUCCAGAGGUGAUUGAUCUCGAGGCAGGGGAAAUUGGGGUGGUCACAUUACCCAUAUCCCAAGAGACUGGAGGAUUUGAGACAGUAUCUAUUAUUAAGCCUCUGACGCCGUUAGAAGUUGAAAUUAAUCCGAUAAUUCAGAGAUUAUUGCUCAAUCUUCCUCCAGAAAAACUUGAUGAAACCACGGGUGUUCGAGAGAGGCUGCUGAUCGCUGGUGAGCAAGCCCUUGAGGAACUGCCGAGAGUUAAGGAAAUUCCAGAGAUUGUGAGGAAUGUGCAGAAUGGAUCAAAGCAACAAGUUCAUAAAAUCAAGGGUCUCAAGGUAGAUAUUGAAUCGGCGCAGCGAUUCGUCGCAGGACAGACGCUCGAGACUCCAAGUGGUUCGGUUUUCGUUCCUGGAGAAACCCUGCAAACCCCUCAAGGGCCAACCUUCGUUCCAGGAUUCACUGUUCAUACUCCAGAGGGGCCUUUGCUCAUCCCUGGACAGAUCGUUACCAUUUCAGAAAAUGGAGGGCAAAUUCCAGUGUUCAUCGCUGGACAAACGUUGGAGACGAAAGGUGGGUGGAGAUUCGUUCAGGGUCAGACGAUCCAUAUGAAUGAGAGGGGGCGAUUUGUGCCGGGACAGACAAUACUCACGGAAGAAGGUCCCAAAUUCGUUGCUGGACAAAUUGCCAUUGGGGGGAAUAGAUUUGUGCCGGGACAAACGGUUCUGACCGACUCGGGUGGUAUAUUUACGCCAGGACAGACUAUCGCACAAAAUCGCGAGCACAUAUUCAUACCGGGGCAGAGUGCAAAGAUUAACGACAAAUGGCAGUUCAUCUCCGGACAAUGUUUGCUUACAUCCAACGGAGAACAUAUCUUUACUCCUGGAAGGACUAUGAAAACAUCAGGGGGCAUGCAAUUUGUCACUGGGCAAAAUCUCACUACAAAUAAACAAACUGAACAAGUAAAUUUCAUUCCCGGAAUCACAGUGGACACACCACACGGUAAAACAUUCAUUCCUGGCACCACUCUGGAGACUCCAGUAGGGAAAAAAUUCGUUGAGGGAAUGAUUGUGAAUACGAAGGCGAAAGGAGAAAGGUUCGUUGCGGGACGAGCAAUCUCCGGACCCAGUGGUUUUGAAUUUGCUGCAGCCAAGUCCGUCGCUGACAUAACAUUUUUGAAGCCCGGACCGAUUGGACUUGCAGUGAAUUCCAAAACAGCAAGCGUUUUUUCCCUCUUACACCAAGAAGAGAUAUACGGUCACAUGAUUCAAACUGAAAACGGCGUCGAGUUCAUUCCUGAGACGCUUGGAAAAUCUCCCAAAGGUACACGCAUUGUUCCCGGACAAUUGGUUAGAGGGGAAAAGGAAGGGCCCCGGUUUGUCCCUGGAGUGAUGACCGAGGAAGGAUUUCUCCCAGGUCAGACAGUUUUAACUGAGAAGGGAGAGCAGUUUGUGCCUGGUCAAGUGGUGGAGACGAGUUCUGGGCCCAAGUUUGUACCCGGAAGGAUGGUGAAUACCCGGAGUGGACCAAAAUUCGUGCCCGGUCAGACUGUGGAAACUGUCGAGGGGCCGCGUUUUCUUCCUGGACAGAUAGUUCAGACGAAAGUUGGGCCGACUUUCAUUCCCGGCCAGGUUAUAUCCAUAGAGGAUAAAGGCUCGAGAUUUGUUCCUGGACAGGUAAUCGACACUCCAGAUGGUCCGCGUUUCGUUCCCGGUUGUGUCGUUGAAUCUGGAAUAUUAGGAGUGACCUUUGUACCCGGACAAAUGGUACAGACAGAGGAGGGACCGCGGUUUGUUGCUCCGGACUUGACGGACACAGCCGAGGGAGAAAUGGAGUUCUCCGUUCAGGGUUUCGAAGUGACCCCUGAGGAACUCGGAUUACUUCGGCUUUCGCAAUCCCACUGCAAUGGUGCAGAGCAAAGCGGAGAGCCUAGCAUUGACGCGAGACUUCUCCGACAAUUAUCAGAAGCUGGAAUGUCAAUUGGCCGAAAGAUAUCAGCCAAUGUACCCAGUGUCGGCGUCGACGGAGAUACUACAGCGAUGGUACUUGAGAACGCCCUUACAAUCGUUGAAAACCUCGGACUCCUCGGGGACUCGGCAGUAAAAAUGGCCCAAAUUGUGUCAACUGUCUCCCAAUUAGCCUACAGCAUCAUCAAGCAAUAUUACAACGGAGAAAAGCUCAACUUGGAGAAUGUGUGCAAUGGCAGAGCGUUCAUGGUUACCAAUGGACAAACCCAUCACGAUCACGAACAUAUCAAUUGGAUGAAUGAAGCUAUUAAAACAGCGAUAGCUGCUGCCGUUCUGGCUAUAGCCGAUGAUCCUCGUGAAAAUGGAGAAGGAAAGCCGGAUAAUAACAUAUUGUCAUCAAUCAGUGAGGCUUUCAUGGUAGCCCUUGGCAAAAAUUCCAUCUCGAUUGAUGAGGCAGUGAACCAAGCGCUAAAAAUAUUACUUAUACCUCACAAUAGAAAGAGCCUAAGUGAGAGCACCAUUUUCCAACUUUUUAAAUUACGUAACAACAAGAUUGACAUUCUCAAGUCAACGGUAGUGGAGCACUCGUUGAAGGAUGAUGUAGUCCUGGAGAGAUUGUCAGCGGUCCUUGAGGAGGAGCAGGGAAACGAGGUGCUCGGUUCGGCGUUUCGAAAAGUCUCGGAGGGAAAUCCAGAGCUGGUAUCGAGCGUUUUGAAGAAAGUCUCGCAGGAAGUGGCAGCACUCUCGUCGGAAAAAGAAGCAGCGGAGAGCGUCCAUAAGGCGAUCGUAGACGCGGUUCGAGAAUCCAGUGAACUUCAAGUACGAAAAUUGUUGGACGACAAAGGUAUACAUGUGAGAGAGCUCAUUCUACAGGCGGUGGGUUUAGCGAGGGCUCUGGGUAUGUCCUCGACGGCCACCAGUCUCCUUAAUGUCAUUAGCGACGAAAAAUCUACACGAGCAUUGGCCGGGGACAAAGUUACUUUGGAUAUUCUCAAGAGAUUAACAGUAAUGCGAAAACUCGCGGAAACUCGUCCUCAGUUUGUUGCAGCCCUGAGAAAUCUCAGUAGCGAUCCGGAGCUCGCUAAAACCGAUCCACAAUUGAGAACACUUGUCCGGGAGAGCGCAGCCUUGAUGAUUGUCCCUGAGGGUAUACCUCUACAAUCCUCCGGGGAUAUUCCGACAGCGCUACUUCAUGCAGAGAAUAGUCUCGCCAUCGAGGACUUUUUCAUUAGAAGAAAUCAAAAGCCAUCAACGAUUUUUAUGAUACUUAAGAAGGGUUUCCAGACCGUCGUUCCGAGGGAUGCAUCACGCGCUGUUCUCACUGGACAGGUCGCUUACACGGUUCUCGAUGAGAAUGGAAUAUCCCACUUUGAGCCGCUUCAUGUUUUCUCCGCCCUCAAGCUCAAUAAACCCUCGGCCCAUCGUUUCUCCAUGUAUGCCAUUCCUGUUGCUGGAGAGGAGGAUUACGAGGGGGAAACCAGCUUGACAACUUCCUUUACUUCGACUAAUGCCAGAGAAUCGAGUGCCGGGAUUCAUUUCACCGAUAGAACAUUGGAGAAUUGGUUAAGUAGAGAAAAUACUCCUAGCCUGAGAAGACGGAGCAGUGGCAAUCCGGAGGGGGCUUAUCAGAAUGGGAAAUCGGAUAAUUUCGUGGUGGUGAAGGAUUAUGUAUCAGAAACGGACAACGAUUUCUCUGUUACUGUCGGCGACAUCGUCGAAGCAGUUGAUAUUCAAGACGACCUGACCAAGAGAUCUAGGAUGGAUCCUGAUCUGGAGAUAGGGAAGGUUGAAGCGUGUCUGGAUAGUUCGGCCGCUCGUCACAAGCUAUCAGUGAGACCAAGAAGAAGACACACUGAUUUGCGGGCUAGGGGCGUCGUCAGGUCGAUAUCGGACUCUAAUAUUCAGAGAGCACGAGUCCGAAAGAUAGACGGGAAAGAGGGAUGGCUGCCAAUGUCAAUACUCAUGCAGACAGCUCUCAGCGAGGACAGUUCGACCCUGAGUCAACACCGCCCAGAAGAUUCCCAAUAUCGACGAGAAGCUGUGGUGAAGGAAUUGGUUGAAACUGAGGAAGAAUUCGGCAAAGACCUUCAACAGGUGGUUGAGAGAUACCUUAAACCCUUGGACAACCCUGGAGUCCCCAGGGCCAUUCGUGAUAACAAGGAAAUUAUUUUCAGCAAUCUUAAACACAUUGCUGAUUUCCAUAAUACAUCGUUCGGCAGGGUCUUAAUCGAGGGGGUCAAAUACUAUGCGGAUCAACCAAGAAUGCUUGGAAAAACUUUUUUGCGACUGGAGAGAGAUUUCGACAAGCAUGUGGCUUAUUGUCGGGACGAGCCGGCUGCCCAAGAAUUCUUACAGAUCAACAACGAGGUUCGAGAAUAUUUCGAGGAGCUAAGCCAGACUCUUGGAGACGAUAAAAGUGUUUCGGAGCAUCUGAAACUUCCGAUACAACGUAUCAACGACUACCAGCUCUUGCUUAAGGAGCUGGUUAAAUAUUCGACCCGACUGGGGGAAAAUAGCGACGAUCUCCAGAAAGCCCUGGAGUUGAUGCUAGGAAUCCCCCAUCAAGCGACCGACAACAAGUUUAUAAGUAAUAUCGAGGGCUUCAAAGGCAACAUCCAUAAGCUCGGUCGACUCCUCACCCACGAGUGGUUCACAGUGACAGACAAGGACGGAAAGACCAAAGAGCGUUAUUUGUUUCUCUUCAAAGCCCGCAUACUCGUAUGUAAAGUUCGGAGAAUAUUGGAGGAUCGUUCCGUCUUUGUCCUCAAGGAUAUCAUUAAACUGCCAGAGGUCGAGCUCAAAGAUUAUCCAGUCGAGCAGCGUACCUUCGAGUUGCACAAUCCUGAGAUAUCAGGCUACCCGAUAACUCUAGUUGCUCAUAAAGAUACAGUUAAAAAGACUUGGCUCAAGGAAAUCCGCGAGUACGCCAGUGAUCUCGUUGCCCUGGCUGAGCAUGCAGCUGAUGAUCUACAACUGACUGAGGGAAAAACUAACGACGAGACGAAGACUCCCACUGGGUUAAACCCUCCACCAAAAGACAAGAGCCAAACCAAAGUACAAGUUACCGCUGCUGAGAAAACGGAGAGUUGUACAUUUGAAGCGAGUAGAGCGAGUAAAGCGAGCAUCGAGGACAACAAAGAGAUGUCCGGUCGGUACUCGGCGACGAGCCGCUUCAGCACCUCUUCCAAAGUUAUUGAAGAGUAUUCAUCAGUGUCGAGCAGUAGAAAUGGCGCGUCCUCCCUAGUGGAAACAUCGAUGUCAGGCUCUCUUAGCGAGAAGAGAUCCUCUUCGCUGUAUGAUGCCUCCGACGUCCACUCUUCUGUCAAGCAUCGCACUGCAGUCAGUGGCUCCUCUGAAGACACGAGGAUCGCUAAACUGGCGCUUACUGCUACCGACACUGGUAGGCUCAAGUUUGGGAGGACGAUCGAGGGCAUCAGCGCUCAACCCAUCCGAGCGAAACAGGCUGUUAUGCACGUUAUAGCUGGCGAGUCGGCGACUUUUGAGUGCACUCUUGAUAGCAGCAGCUCCGCAUCGAAAUUUCUUUGGCUGAAGGACAACAAACCUCUCGAUGACAAGCUCGCAGACAGAAUUAACAUCAUCUCAACCGAUAAUGUUUUCAAACUCAAAAUCCUCAAUGUCAUGGAGAGUGACACGGGAAUCUACACAGCUAGAGCUGCCAAUGGUGAUUGUAAUGCCAGCUGCACAGCUCAAUUGAUUGUCGAGAAUUUGACAGCUGAUGAAAGGAGAGCCCAGGCCGAAGCUAAAGCUCCGGUCUUUCUUGUUCAACUCAAAAACACUGAACUACUUGAGAACACCUAUCUUCGGUUUAUGAUUAAGGUCAAAGGAGAUCCAAACCCUGAAUUGAAAUUUUUCAAAGACGGUAUUCUAAUCGACUCGAAAAGCCAACAAAUCAAGAUUAUAACCGAAAGAGCUGACAGUGGAUUUUACGAGCUAGUCAUCCCAGAUGUUCAGAAGGCAGAUGCCGGGAUGUAUUCAUGCGUGGCAACAAAUAAAUUUGGUGAAUGCUUGUGCGAAGCAGAGGUGACAGUAACUGAUGAGAAGAGCCUGUUCGCUGGGCUGCCAGAGGGAAUCUUUGAACCAGGUGCAGAGCCUUCAUUCAAGUGGCUGCGAGAUGGUAAGCCUUUUGAUCCAGAGGAGCGUUUCAAGGUCCUCUUCGAGGAUAAGGAAGACACCCUUGCUCUUGUAUUCCAGCAUGUGAAGCCUGAAGAUGCAGGACUGUACACCUGCGUAGCUCAAACAAGCACUGGUAACAUCAGCUGUAGUGCCGAGCUCACAGUCCAAGGGAAUGUCAAUCAGCUACUGAAGGAGCCCACCAAACCAGUUCUGGAUAAUGAAUCUAGAACAUCCGAGGUUAAUGUCGGGGGUUCUGCUAUGCUCGAUCUUCAAGUGAAGGGCUUUCCCAAGCCACAAAUCACAUGGAGCAAGGACGGUAAAGAGAUUGUAGCUGGAGGCAGGAUAAAAUAUCUGUGGGAAGACGAGGAAUCGCUCUCUCUUGUCAUUAAAAAUGUGACGUGUGACGAUGGCGGUGUCUACACCAUUAAGGCCAAGAACGAACUGGGGGAGGAUACGACUUAUAUUGAGCUCAUUGUCAAAUCUGCUCCGAAAAUCAUCAAAAAGAUGGCUGAUACGUUUGCUUACAUUGAAACCGAUGCCAAAAUGACUGUUCAAAUUCAGGCGUCACCUCCUCCGAAUGUUACAUGGUACAAAGACGGCCAGGUAAUCAAGGAGUCUGAGAGGAUUUCUUUCGUGAAAGAGGGCAAUGAUAGCUACAGUUUGAUAAUUAUGGAGUGCAGGCUCACCGACACUGGCUCUUACUCAGUGAUGGCGAAAAAUGAGAUUAACCAGACUUCUGACGUUUGGAAUUUCGACGUCAAGUGUCCACCGAAGAUCAAGAAGAAGCUCGGUGAGAACAGGAUUAUUGAGGAUGGCGCUAGCCUUACCCUCCAAAUUGAGGUGGAGACCACUUCUGAGUCUGAUGUAAUCUGGAUGAAGGAUGAAGUCGUCAUCCGGGCGGAUGAAAGGGUCAUUAUCGAGGCUAGAGAGGAAGGGAUCAGGACGUUGAGCAUUAAUGGCACUGUGGGGACCGAUGCUGGAAUUUAUAAGGCCCAAGUCAGUAAUAAGGAUGGAACUACUGUGGAUCAAGUUGGUAUUGAGGUGAAAUGUGGCCCGAGAUUCAAGAAGAAUAUGACCGAUGUGAUCACCAAAGUGGGUGCAGCUAGCGCAGAAUUUUCGGUUGAAGUGGCUGGCUAUCCCAGGCCCAAAGUGCAGUGGUACAUUGGAAAAAGUGAAAUAACAGAGGAAAAAAAAGAUUACACCACAUCCUCAGAAGGCGAUGUCCACAAACUUAUUGUUAAUGACAUUAAGGAGGAACGAUCUGGUACAUUUAUAUGCAAAUUGACCAACGAGUACGGUUCGGACUCUAGCAGUGGCAAGCUCAUAGUCUAUUGCAAGCCCAAAAUCGUAAAAAAAAUGGUGGACCAGAAAUUGAACGAGGGAGACACUCUCAAACUGGCUGUGCAAAUAUCGGGAACACCAGAUCCAGAUAUCAAGUGGUUCAAGGAUGGCAAGGAAGUGUCUGCAGACGCUAGGAUCAAGAUUACAAGGGACAGUCAGAGAAAGGAGAGCUAUGAUCUCACCCUCAACUUACUCAAGGGGUCUGACGGUGGUACUUACGAAGUUAGGGCUGAAAAUGAGAUGGGAAGUGUUGUUUGCAAGAGCAAAGUCAUUGUUUUAACCAAAACCGAAGCAACAGCUGAUAGCUUAGGGGACGAUUCGAUGAAAAAAGUGGGGGUCGAUGAAGAUAUUUUAAUAGAAAAACCAGACAGUGAGGGACCAGAAGGUUGCGAGAAACUGGUGAAGAGGAGCAUUGAGAAAAUCAAGGGGAAGGAGGGUGAAACUAUAACAAUAUCCAUGGAAUCAACAACUGAGCACGAAGCAACUAUGACAGGUCCUGAUGAACGCCAUACGAUCAGCAAAAUGAAAUCGACAAAAGUCGAGUGCCAAGAAAUCCACACAGACCUACCUCAAGUUGAGGAGAUAGCAUCUUAUAAUUACACGAUACAUGAUGACAAAAAUAUUCACAAGCCCCCAAAUGGUAUACUCAUAGAGGAGUAUUCAGACGGGGAGGAAAAUAGGAAGAAACAUUCAGUGAACCGCGGAGUGUCGAUAGUUUCGGUGUCAGACGACGAAUCCACUCUCAAGGCUCUCUCGAGAGAUGUAAGCGCUGAGGAGAUGUUCGAUGCUGAUGUCUCGGAAGGUCUGGGGCGCGGUGAAAGCCUCCAGGGGCUCAUUCCACAGGGAAAAAGUGUCGAGGAGAAGGUCUUUGAGUAUGAUGGCCCUCAUCAUGCCGUAAGGUACACUGAAACUAUUAUCGAAGAAACGUUUAUCGAAAAUUCUUCUCAAAAUCCUUUAGAGGCGGUCAGCCUUGAGACAAUACCUCUGAGAGGAAGUGCUGAUGAAACUAAAUUGACAAAGCAAUGUGCAAAAAUUGAAAGAGUUGACUCCAUUGAGUCGAGAAAGGCUUCGAUAACAGAUAUUUCUAGGAGAAACUCUCAAACAGCUGUUAUUGAAGAUGAAAAAAUGUCACACCAGAGCUCGAGAAAAGGCUCGAUUGUUGAUCACUCGAGAAGGAAUUCACAGCGGGCUGUCAUCGACCACGACGACGACGACGACCUCGACGUUGAUGAGAAAACCAAGUCUCUACUUGAAAGAAUUAAGAGAGAACGCAGUGUCCUCGAUGAAAUUAUUGAUCAGACCACCGAGAAAAAGGACAAUGGCGAAAUCGGAGCCGCACCACAAAUCGUGAGUCACGAUUUCGAGGACCGUACGAUAUACGAGACCCAGAGCACAGUCUUCACGAUCAAAGCAACGGGAUUGCCCCGUCCAGAUGCAAAAUGGUUCAAGGACGGAAAGCCUCUGAAGUCGGCUGACAAAGGGAAACCUGCCCAGACUGGCGAAACAUAUACUCUUACUUUUAACAAAGCCACGGAAAAAGAAACUGGAAUAUACCAGCUUGUGCUGACCAACAAGCUGGGCUCAAUAAGUCUAGAUGCUUUUUUGGAAGUUGGCCCAGUAGGAGAUUUACGCAAGCCACGAUUCUGUGAAUCCGUUAAGGAUGUAGAUGUGGAGAUCCAUACGACAGGCACCCUUCAGGGUGUCCUUACAGCGGAGCCCAUUCCGGAAAUCGUGUGGCUGCAGGACGGCCAAGAGAUCGCCCUGGAUGAUAAGAAAUUCACCCGAGAAGUAGCCACGCGAAAGGUGGAGGAUGGCCUCCACCAGUGCACCUUCUCUCUGAUCAUCAAGGAUUGCCUCCCAAGCGACGUUGCAAAAUAUACAUUAAAAGCCACCAAUAUGCAUGGCGAAGCAUCCUCAAUAGCUGACCUAGAACUACUGGCCCCACCCCAAAUUCUCGAAUUCAAAGACCUUAAUGCUGCUGUAGAAGAGCUUUCUGUUUGGGAAGUCAUAAUCAAAUCUAACCCCAAGGCCGAGCUUUCCUGGGAGCGAGAGAAUGUACUCCUGAUGGAGGAUGAUAGUCGUUAUGGUUCUGAUGACGAUUACAAGAACAAGAAGUACAGGCUAAUUCUCAAGAAUGUGGUGUACGAAGAUGCCGGCACGUACAGGGUAAUUGCGAAAAAUUAUCUUGGAGAGGACAGUGCAGAGGCGCAACUCUUACCCUUCACAGUACCUCCGGAGAUAAUUAAAACCCUGUCGAACGGAGCUGUCCGCCAUGACGCAGCAAUUGAAUUCAAGGUAGAAGCUACGGGGAUAGCUCGUCCGAAAAUCCAGUGGUUCAUCAAUGGAGAUGAACUGGCCAACGAUGGACGCCAUACGAUCAUUACCACCAUUGAUGACCAUGUUUUCAGCACUUUGAGCAUUGUUAAUUUUGAUGCGACUGACGAGGGGGAGCUCGUUUGUGUGGCUACAAAUCUCGCAGGAAAAGCCAAGACCAAUUGUACGUUGUCUAUGAUCAGAAUUCCCCCGACCUUCGACAAACUUCUCCCAAAAUCGAAACAAAUUGAACAGGGAGAGCCACUUGAAUUAAGUAUCGACAUAGAUGGUAGUCCUUUUCCAAGGGUAACGUGGUUUAAAGAUGGAGAGAAAAUCGUUCCCGAUGGUCAUGUUAGAAUUGAGACCCAGCCAAAUGGCUCGACCAAGCUUACCAUUGACCACUGUAUACCAACAGAUUGCGGAGCAUACAAGCUCAUUGCCAAGAACAACAAUGGUGAGAAUAUGACUCAGUGCGCUGUUGCUGUAAAGCCAACUCAGCGCAGACCCUCUUUCUCCAAGCCCCUCGAGGACAUUCACAUCAUGGUAGGAGAAUCGAUGAAGCUGCAGGCACAGGUCGUCGCCUUUCCGACUCCUGAGGUGCAGUGGUUCAAGGACAGCUUGCCCCUACGUAAAUCACAGGAUAUUGAGUUCGUCAACGAACCGAAUGGAAUAAUGGGCCUAUCCAUCGAGAGUGCCAAACCAGAGGACACCGGAGUGUAUUCUUUGCUAGUGAAGAAUGACUUGGGGGAGGUAACAGGUACUGCUCAUGUCGAGGUUGAGGCUAAAGAGAAGAAACCAGGCUUUUUAAUAACUCUGCAGCCCCUUACCGUCGUCGAGGGUUUCCCAGCCAAGCUGGAAGUCACCACUGUAGGAAAACCUUCACCAUUACUCAAGUGGAUGCACAACGGAGUGGAUAUCGUACCCGAUGGAGUACACAUCAAGGUAAUCUCUCAACCCGAUGGGACACACGCACUUGUCAUUGACAAAGUCAAAUGUGAGGAUGCAGGGGAAUAUGGCGUAUUGGCGAGUAACUCUCAAGGCGAGGAAGCUAGUUAUGGGAUACUGAGUGUUGUGACAAAAGAGAAAACAGAUAUUCCCGAGGAGAAGCCAGGCUUUCUCGGCCAACUGAGAGACGUUACUGUUGAAGAAGGUGAAACACUGGCGCUGAGUGCUUCCUUCUCGGCAAAUCCCCUUCCGGAUGUCUCCUGGACGAAGGACGGCGAACCUGUGGAGCCCAAAGACUCCAGGGUACUGCUCUCAUGCGAUGGCAAGAAGGUGGGCAUUGAGAUUCAUCCCUGUUCGCCAAAGGAUGCAGGUGUCUAUCGUUGUCGCCUCAUUAAUCCUCUAGGAGAAGAUGCCUCCAGUGGAGUGGCAAUUGUCCGCAAGAUCUACUCCAGACCAAACUUUGCCCAAAGAUUUACAGAUCUCCAGCAGUUAACAGGCUGUGACGCUAAGUUCGCUGCGAGGAUUACUGGAAUUCCGCGGCCAGACGUUACCUGGUAUUUCAACGACAAAACAAUUGGCCGUGACAGCGAUAAAUACAAGAUGAAAAGAGACGGGGACAUCUGCUGCUUAUACGUGUCAGACUGUUCAUCGCUUGACGUGGGAAAGUACAAAUGCAGAGCAGUGAAUAAAGAAGGAGAAGCUUGUUGCGAAGCGGGUCUGUCUUUAGGCUCCGGAAUUGAUAGUCGACAAAAAGUUGAGGCUCCGUCAUUCCUCAAACGAAUCGGCGACUGCGAAAUAUAUAAAGGCAUGACAGCCAAGUUUACAGCUUGUGUCACUGGCUGUCCAGAGCCGAGUUUUGAGUGGUACAGAAAUAAUGAGAGACUCUGGCCGACAGAUCGAAUUAGAAUGGAGGAGGAGGGCUCGGGUCUUCUUCGCUUGAUUCUCAUCAAUAUCGACGAGCACGACGUUGGCAAAUAUAGUCUGAGGAUAUACAAUCCUCAUGGUGAGGAUAUCUGUCACGCCGAGAUGCGUUACGACACCCUGGAUAUUCGCCCAAAAAAAACCCUUGCAGACCAGUACUCGGAAUUUGACAAAUAUAGAAAAUCUGGAAUUCCUCUACCCCUUGCUGAUCGGCCAAUUAUAAGUCGAAUGAUGGACAGACACUUGACGCUCUCGUGGAAGCCGUCAAUUCCAAUUGGGCCGCGUGUUCCAGUGACAUACCUCGUGGAGAUGUGCGAGCUACCUGACGGUGAUUGGUUUACAGCAAAGUCAGGGCUGCGCAGUUGUGUGUGCGAUAUUAGAAACCUCGAACCCUUCCGCGAUUAUAAAUAUCGCAUUAGAGUGGAGAAUAAAUAUGGUAUAAGUGAUCCUUCGCCAUUUGCCCAGACAUAUCGUUCAAAACUCAUGCCAGAUCCUCCAAAAUUCCAUCCGUACCUCUCUCCAGGUAUUGACUUUCGCCCAGAAACAAGCCCCUACUUCCCCAAGGAUUUUGACAUUGAGCGGCCACCCCACGAUGGUUACGCCCAGGCCCCCAAGUUUCUUCGCCAGGAGCACGACGCUCAGUAUGGCGUCAAGAAUCAUAACUGCAAUCUCUUCUGGUUCGUUUAUGGCUAUCCCAAACCCAAGAUGAGUUAUUACUUCAAUAAUGAGUUGAUAGAGUGUGGGGGCAGAUAUGAUCACAGCUACACGAGAAAUGGUCAGGCAACGCUCUUUAUAAAUAAAAUGUUGGAGCGAGAUGCGGGUAUCUAUGAAGCAGUGGCGAUUAAUGAGCAUGGCGAAGCUAGACAGAGGGUGCGUCUCCUUAUCGCCGAAUAUCCGACCUUCGUUAAACGUCCCGAGGAGAGUAUCAUCAUGCUACGUAGAAAUGGACAUCUCCAGGCAAGGAUUCUUGGUACUCCCUAUCCUGAAAUUAAGUGGUACAAGGAUUGGAAACCCCUGGCUCCGACAGCCAGGCUAAAAAUGGACUUUUUCGAGCCGGAUAUGUCUGUCCUCACUAUCAACGAUGCUAUUCUCAAGGAUGAAGGCUUGUACUCAAUCAGUGCGAGAAAUAUCGCGGGUUCGGUGUCGUGCUCAGUGAUGGUGCACGUUGAAGAGAAUGAGCACGAGUACGGUUACAGAACGUAUACAAGACAGACUGAUGUAAAGCCCAAAAUUAAAUUAUUUGAUGAUUAUUAUGACCUUGGAGAUGAGCUGGGUAGGGGCACACAGGGAAUUACUUAUCAUGCUGUAGAGAGGGCCACUGGUAAGACUUAUGGGGCGAAGGUUAUGCACGGACGUGGUGAAUUAAAACCACUCAUGCUUAAUGAGGUUAAUGCUAUGAAUCAUUUGAACCACCGCAAUCUUUUACGUCUACAUGACGCCUAUGAGACUGAUGGCUCGAUGACACUCUUGACUGAGCUUGCAGGUGGAGGCGAACUCGUUGAUACCCUCACGAGGAAUCCUUUUUAUACUGAAUGGGAGGUGGCCAAUUACAUCAGGCAAAUUUUGAAGGGAUUAGACCAUAUGCACAACGAAAGUUGGGCUCAUCUUGGAUUGACUCUUGGUGAUCUUCUAAUUUCUCAUUCUGGGAGUGAUGAGCUCAAAAUCGCUGAUUUUGGCCUCGCCAGAAGGAUCUCCUACAAUAAGCUAAUGAUGCUUGUGUAUGGGAUGCCUGAGUUUGUGGCUCCUGAAGUGAUCAAUGGAGACGGAGUGACUUAUUCUGCUGACAUGUGGUCUCUAGGAAUUAUCACACAUAUUCUCUUGUCUGGAAUCUCGCCAUUCAGGGGAAUCAAUGAUCGGGAGACUCUCACCAAGAUUAAAGGCGGAAAUUGGGAUUUUGACGAGCGCUGGUGGAUACAUAUUUCCAGUGAAGCCAAGGACUUUGUCAAGCGACUGUUGGUUUACACUGUCGAGGGGAGAAUGGAUGUGGCUGAGGCUCUUCGGCAUCCUUGGUUACGAGGGCUUGAUAAAUCACCGGUGGAGCCUUAUAAAAUUCCCUCGGAGAAUUUGCGUAAUUAUUACAAGCUCUUUAGAGACUGGUACAGCAAUGCAUCUUGCAGAAACUGGUAUAGAAGGCGACGACUCAGCAGUGCCUUUGAACAUCCCUCAAAAAUGGUUUAUCCACCGGGUGACAGAUAUACUCCUGAACCAAUGGCUGAACGCACAUUCACUCCUCGAGAAAAACCUGAACCCAAUGCCUGGGAGAAUAGGGUUCCAUCUAGAGAAUCUAUUGAUACCAAAAUUGGCAUGUUUUCAAAUGAGAGUCAUUAUCAGAAUGGGCCCGAUACUUAUCUUCUGCAGUUAAGGGACACUGACUUUCCGGUCAGAUUGAGAGAGUACAUGAAGGUCGCUCAUGAUCGGUGCCCAAGUUUCACAAGAAUUUAUAAUGAUGAGGGAUAUGAUUGGCGAACGCCAAUAAUAAGAGAACGUCGAAGAUUUACGGAUGUUAUGGACGAGGAAAUUGAUGACGAACGAAAAGCUCGAAUUAACAAUUAUGGAGCGGAUUCCAAUACGAUGCGACGCCUCCGUCACGAACUAGGAACACGUUUGGACUCAUACUACGAAGCUGAUGCAAUGAUAGAAGAGAAAAAAGGUGGAAACCUUCCGUUCUUCCGAGAAAAACCCCAAAUCCUGCAGAUACAGGCAGGCAAGUGCGCCCAAUUGGUGUGUUAUGCUGUGGGUAACCCAAAGCCCAAUGUUCAGUGGUACAAAAAUGACCUGGUAAUUCAGGAAGGAAAGAGAAUCAAUAUCGUAGAGACAACUGAUGGUAGAUCAAUCCUGAGCUUCAGCCCAACUCGAGAGUACGAUAUCGGAAUUUACAAAGUAGUAGCUAGAAAUCCAGUGGGACAGACAGUAGCUCGAACUCGAAUUGUCCUAGCUACCGUACCAGGUAUAUCUCAAGCUCCUCAGACCUGUGGAAUUUCAGACACUGAAAUCCUGUUGCGUUGGAAGGCCCCCAAGGACGACGGAAACUCGGAGAUAUUGUGUUACAACUUGCAAUACAAGGCCGGUGACUCCAUCGACUGGAUCGAUGCGGCCAGCAACAUCGAUCACGAGUUUUAUCUCGUCAAAGAUCUUCAGCCGAACACUAGCUAUCACUUUCGAUUAUCAGCUAGGAAUCGCAUUGGCUGGGGGGACAAGGGCUUCGAGACAAAUCUCAUUCAAACCAAGCCAGAGGGCACACCAAAAGUGUCCAUUAGUCGAGCCAUGCAACAUCUCCAGCACCUCACCGAAUCAGGUCAGGAGAUCAUCCCAGAUGAGGAGAAACCCAGAAUGAGCUACGAAGCGGAAGAGUGUCCUAUUGAAUGGACCAUCGAUUCCCAGUUUACCACUCGGUAUUCCUUUAUAUCUGAAGUCUCCAGGGGACGUUUUUCCAUGAUUGUUAAGGGGGCUGAAAAGGAGAGCGACAGACUCGUUGUCGCCAAAAUUCUGGAGGUACGUCCUGAGCUAAAGGAGGCAGUUGGAGAGGAAUUUCAGGUAUUGCGAUCACUCAGGCAUGAGAGGAUUGCACUUCUGGAGGCCGCUUAUUGGCCAGCUAACUCGCCAAUCGCUGUUUUCAUUCUGGAGAAACUUCAGGGCUCUGAUGUGCUGACAUACCUAGCCAGCAGGCCAGAGUACACUGAGAAUUGUGUGGCUACUAUCAUUACAGAGGUCCUCGAUGCUCUGCAGUAUCUUCACUGGAGGGGCUACUGUCACCUCGAUAUUCAGCCCGAUAAUAUCGUGAUGGCUUCUCUGAGAUCAGCACAUGUUAAAAUUGUCGAUUUUGGCACUGCUAGGAAGGUCUCCAAAUUGGGGACCGAAGUACCACUCAAGUGUGGACAUCAUGAGUAUAGGAGUCCUGAAGUGCUUAAUGAGGAGUUGGCGUAUCCUCAGACUGAUAUUUGGAGUGUUGCAGUGCUUGCUUACGUUCUGCUAUCUGGGGUGUCGCCAUUUAAGGGAGCUGAUGAUAAUGAAACUAGGCAGAAUAUUUCAUUUGUUAGAUAUAGAUUCGAGCACUUGUUUAAGGAGAUUAGCCAGGAAGCUACCAGGUUCCUUAUGCUUCUUUUCAAACGCACACCUAGUAAGAGACCUACAGCGGAAGAAUGCCACGAGCACCGAUGGCUUAUGCCCACAGAAUUUAUGAUAAAAAAACGCGAGAGAACGUCUUUUUCCGGUGAUAGAUUGAAAAAGUAUAACGAAGAAUACCACGAAAUGAAACGCAAUUUUGUGUCGAAGAGUGACAAUUUAACACAAGCCUUUGGAAGUCUUCGUAAUUUGCAUAGAUCUCACAGCACAGAGGAUGAAUUGAUCACAUCUAUCGACAUAGAGUAAGAUACAAUUUCAUUAAGAUUUCUCCAGUAAAUAGAUAUUUAUUUAUUGACAAUGUUUUUAACAAUUGCAAAAAAAAAAAAAAAAAAAAAAGGGCCAUUUUUGGAAAUAAUUUCAAGGGAUAGAUCAUCACAUGGCACGGUUAUUGGAUUCGACAAUUGUCUUGCUCUCAUUCUGUUGUUUAUUUUUUAAACCUUUUAAGAGACAUUAUCGCAGCCUCCAUUGGUUCACAUUUGACACGAGUGCAUGAAAAACUGUACAAAAAUGUUAAUUAUGGGAUGAAUUGCAUGUUAAUAAUUUAUAUAAUUUUUUUUCUUUAUUUACAAAAUGUUUCUUGGAAAUAAAGACUUGAACGCUGAAAAAUA